CGCUGGUUGGCGGGCGCGGGUCACGUGGCCCAGGCAGGAGUUUCCCCGACAGCUGGAGGCUGCGUGGGAUCCGGCGGCGGCUCGGAGCUCGGCGCUGCGGCCCUCCCCGCCCCUCCUCCUCCCCGCCCGCUUCCGCCCGGCUUAUUAUCCUCCGUAUUGACAAACAGAGCGGCCGCGGCGGCGACUCUCGGCGAGCAUCGGUAGCCAAGCCAUGGGAGACAAGAAGAGCCCCACCAGGCCGAAGCGGCAGCCGAAGCCGUCCUCGGAUGAGGGCUACUGGGACUGCAGCGUCUGCACCUUCCGGAACAGCGCCGAGGCCUUCAAGUGCAUGAUGUGCGAUGUGCGGAAGGGCACCUCCACCCGAUCCACAUUCUUUGAAGUUAUUGUGAAUGCCUCGAGGACCAAGGAACCGUUGAAAUUUCCAAUUUCAGGAAGGAAACCUCGACCUGUCUCCCAGUUGGUUGCGCAGCAGGUUACUCAGCAGUUUGUGCCCCCUACACAGUCAAAGAAAGAGAAAAAAGAUAAAGUAGAAAAAGAAAAAAGUGAAAAGGAAACAACUAGCAAAAAGAACAGUCAUAAGAAAACCAGGCCACGAUUGAAAAAUGUGGAUCGGAGUAGUGCUCAGCAUUUGGAAGUUACCGUUGGAGAUCUGACAGUCAUUAUUACAGACUUUAAGGAGAAAACGAAGUCACCGCCUGCAUCUAGUGCUGCUUCUGCAGAUCAGCACAAUCAGAGUGGCUCUAGCCCUGAUAACACAGAGAGGGGAAUGUCCAGGUCAUCUUCACCCAGAGGAGAAGCCUCAUCAUUGAAUGGAGAAUCCCAUUAAAGUUUAUUUUCUCCAGUUUCUUAGUUCUGUCAUAUCAUGCAAAUAUACAGAUUAUGCCAAGAAGUACCACAUUUUCAUGACAAACAUAUUCAUGCACAAUUCAUAAUUUGCAUUUUACAUAAAAUAGAAAUUUGUUAGAAUUUGUUAGAUUUGAUUGCAAUCUAUACCUACCAAACAUUUCCAGAGUUUAACAUUUUGGUCUCCACAGUUAAAGGUGCCAUGAAAAUGUGGUUGAAUUAUUCAUUAUGCAGUGUUAUUGGUAAGUCUAUUUUCACUUUUAGUUUAGUGAAUUCUAACACAUAAUUCUUGAAUUCUCUACUAUUGGCAUGUAAUGAAGUUAAAUUUUAUAACAUAGUGCAAGCUGCCUAAAUAUGUAUUAUUUGAGAAUUGUGAAACAAAUAGUUAUAUGUAUACAAGUCAAAGAUCAACUUAAUCAACUAUUGCUGCAACAGGAUUUUCUUAAUGGCUAUCCUCUUAAUACACCUGCUGGUACUUGGUGUGGUUAAAUAGAAAAACUGUUAUUAAAUAAAGAAUUUGUAUGAACCGUUGCCAAUAUUUUUGACACAUUUUACUAAAUUAUUUUUCCUGAAUUAUGUUUCUGGUUUUACCU